UGUUGUUUAGUCGUUUAGUCGUAUCCGACUCUUCGUGACCCCCUGGACCAGAGCACGCCAGGCACUCCUGUCUUCCACUGCCUCCUGUGGUUUGGUCAAACUCAUGUUGGUAGCUUUGAGAACACUAUCCAACCAUCUCGUCCUCUGUCGUCCCCUUCUCCUUGUGCCCUCCAUCUUUCCCAGCAUCAGGGUCUUUUCCAGGGAGUUUUCUCUUCUCAUGAGGUGGCCAAAGUAUUGGAGCCUCAGCUUCACGAUCUGUCCUUCCAGUGAGCACUCAGAGCUGAUUUCCUUCAGAAUGGAUAGGUUUGAUCUUCUUGCAGUCCAUGGGACUCUUGAGAGUCCAGCACCAUAAUUCAAAAGCAUCAAUUCUUCGGCGAUCAGCCUUCUUUAUGGUCCAGCUCUCACUUCCAUACAUCACUACUAGGAAAACCAUAGCUUUAACUAUACGGACCUUUGUCGGCAAGGUGAUGUCUCUACUUUUUAAGAUGCUGUCUAGGUUUGUCAUUGCUUUUCUCCCAAGGAGCAGGCGUCUUUUAAUUUCGUGGCUGCUGUCACCAUCUGCAGUGAUCAUGGAGCCCAAGAAAGUAAAAUCUCUCACUGCCUCCAUUUCUUCCCCUUCUCUUUGCCAGGAGGUGAUGGGCCCAGUGAAUAUAAAAAAUGGAAAGGCACCACCUGCAUUUUCCACCUUCCCACAUAAGAGUGGGAAGGCGGGGCACAGAGUCUAUGCAUAAUGGAUGGGAAAUUAGGAACUAUUAGAGGAAUACAAAAAAAUAAAAAUAAAAAGGAUUUCUAGUUCAGGAAAUUCCCACCUCCAGUUUGCUACUGAUCCGUAAAUUUGACCUAAUCGUACUCAGUAAGAUGGAAGGCAUUUCUUUGCUUCUAUUGUCCACUCUUCCUUCCCCUGACCUGCUUUCCCCACACACAUCUUCUCAGCCCAGCUCCAUCUACAAGUAUAAGAUCUGGAUCAUGCCAACUGAUGCAGUUUUUUUCCAAAGGCACAUGUCAAAACAACAACAACAACAACUGGAGCCAAAGCUGCCAUCCCUCUUUAGACUUCUUAUAGAUUGGAUCCAAACUUAAGUCACACUUGGGAGCAAACCCACUGAAACCCCUCCAUUUACAUCCCACCUGUCCAAUCCUGGCCUCACCCCUGCCUCCAAAGUAAUCAGAAAGGAUUCUGGGAAAGAUUCUGACGCAGUGUUUGUUGCCCCUUGAAGCAAGCUCACACGGAGCGAUGGCGAGGCCAGAGUGCGCAUUACGAGGGAAGGCCUGCAGGCCUUGACAGCGUCUUAUCUUUCCAGGAACAAAAAGAAGACUGAGCAGGUGGCGGCAAGCUUGUCUUUCAGAAAACCUGUUCUGCAUUUCUGACUUUUUAUCCGGUAGGGGCCUCGGGGUCCCCCGCCCCCCCGGCAGCUGGGAAGCCCCGCUUUAAUGGAAACCUGGGAACCCCGCCUCAGGAGGAGAGAACACGACGAAGUCCGCCUCGUUGCGUUCAGUGGGGCUUACUCGCAGGAAACGGAGUAAAUAGGAUCGCAGCCUCAAGCGUCCCCUGCUAGGCCUCGCCUGCGCCGAGUCCUCCCGGCCUGCAGAGGCCGCUGCCGCGUCCCGCGGCGGAGGCCGUCGAGAGCCGCCUCUCCGCCCGGCUCAGUCGCUGCGUGACCCCACCCAGGAGCAGCUGAGCGGCCGGAGCCGAGCGUGUGCGGGUCUGCGAGCCGAGCGGAGCCCCGAGACAGAGCGCGGCGGCGGCGGCGGCGGCAGCGGCAAGGCCGGCUCGUUCCGGGGGACAAUAAAGAGGCUCCGGGCCUGGCUGCGCUGCUGCGAGGUCGGAGAGCAGAGAAAGGAGCAGGAUGCUGGCGCUCUUCACCAAGCUGCUGGACUGGUUCCGGGCGCUCUUCUGGAAGGAGGAGAUGGAGCUCACCUUGGUGGGGCUGCAGUACUCGGGCAAGACCACCUUCGUCAACGUGAUCGCGGUAAGGGGGCCUGCCAGGGCGGGGGCGCUCCCGGCAAGGGCCUCUCCCCGUCCCCGCUUCCUAGUAGGGCCGCCCGGGCAGGAUGGAGGCCUCCCUUCCCGAGGCAGGAGGACGCCCCUCCCCAGAUCAUGUGCAUUGGGAAGGGUGGCCCCGGGCGGGGUGGGGUGGGGGGAGAUUAUUAGCAGCCUCCGUUUCUCAGCUACCCUUUGCGCAGAAAGGGCUUUUCCUCCUGUCCUCCUUUUCUCCCCGGUUUAAUGGGGCGGGGAGAGGGAGCGACGGUGUAUGCAAUGCGGGCAAUGCCUCUCAGAUUACACUCCCCCCCCCGCGCCCCUCUCGCCGUUCGCAGUGCGUGUCCUCUUGGCUCCGUUACUUGCUGCUGGCGAUGAGGAGGAAGAGGCAGGUCGUCUUGGAUCCAAUAAUAAUAAUAAUAAUAAUCGAUCCGGAUUUAUGCACCCGUGUGCAUUCGAAUUGGAGCGUCUGUCUCGUGCGGCUUUUGAAUCCCUUUCGGGGCGGUGGUGGGAGCCUGGCGGGGGGGUUUUCUGAGCGGAGAAUCUACGCUCGAGAUGGCUAUGAACAGGCUGGGUCCCUGGUGAGACGAAGGGACGCCGUUCCAUCUCCUGUGAUGGAUGGUAAUUUCAUCUCCAUCUUUCCUGAUCAAUAUGGCAAUUAGCAGGGUUUCUCUGUGUGGUUUUUUUGUUUUGUUUUGUUUUGUUUAAUUUAGAAAGGAAAUUUAAAAUUGCGAUAGGGUUUUCUGUUGGAGCGUCUCAUUGCACAGUCUUAAGAAACCAUCUUAGGAAAGCAGCAAGAUUUCAGUUUGUGGAGAAUUUCCCAAAUGGAAAGCCACGACUUUCUCUCCCCCUCCCACAUGCAUUCUGCAGUAAUGGCUUCAAAGUGUGCAUUUAAUGAAAGGGGGGGGGGUAGAGGAAAGACAUUAGAUAGCACAUGGGAUGGGGAGUAUUAGCUGCGGGGAAUAUUGAUAAGCUAUCUUGAGCCUUCUGUCCCAGGGCCUUGAAUGGAAUUGGCAGAACUGUGAGGUCUGUGCUGUUGGAUUUAGUGAGGGGCAUUGUUCUAGGUGAGUUUGCGGAACUGGAGUUCUUCCAUCUUUUGCUCUUCCUGGAAAGAGGAUUGCAGCAUGGUUCUGCUCAGAAUCACGCGACACCAUCUCUGAAUACUAAGCAUUUUUGCCUGUACAAGGAAGUGGAUGGCAGUGAUGAAGGUUACCAUAGCCUACUGCCUCUCCCUUCUUUCCAUCAGUCUGUCACAAACCCUGGAAUCCUUUUGUCAUGUUUGAGUCUCUCUUCCACUUCAUUCCAGCUUUAUAAUACAGUAAUGGGGGGCAUGUUUGAGUUUAUUGCCUGCUAGCUUUCAUUUCUCAGAAGAAAUCCCAAAUGUUUCACCAUUCUCCCCCACUCCAUAUGUGCUCUUAAAAAGAAUGUGUUUGCCUUACUGUAGGUGAUUUCUUGUAGGUAGUUCUGGAACCCAAGCACAUCAAGAGACAUUUGGCUUCAGUGCAUAUAAAUUAAACAUUGUGGUUCAAUAUGAGUUUGAAUAUAAUCUGCACUUUUUAAUAUGUCUGUCUCUUGCAUUCAUAAUCUUUUGUAACCCUUGUGGAGGGUCUGCAGAUGUGGAUUCCUGGCCUCUCAUUUAUGUACUCCUGAAUUUUGAAUGGUGAAGACAUGACAAUGCAAACUGGAUAAUAUGCUAAAUAGUGAGUCCUGUCUGAUGUGUUUGCUCCAGAAGAGAUGCGUUAUCAUUGACCACUGAUUCAGCAGUGUUUUCUGGACAGAGCCAUGGAAUUGGCAUGUGAUUUCUCAAGGUUUAAACUGAUCCUUGAUUUGAAAUCUGGACCUUUCGCCUUUAUUUUUUUUAGUAUACUCAUAUUCUUUUUUUAAAAGUAUUCUGUGCCCAGACCUUAGGAUAGAUAAACAGAUCGUUACAUUGUUUUAUCCCAACAACAAUGAAUUGUGAAUUGAACCAGAAAUGGAUAUGCCUUCUCCAAGCCAAAUUGUUUUGAUUUGAGAAAGGUAACUUAUUUUCAUAACAGAUGGUCACUCCUGAUGAUGCCCAGAGGCCUCCCAGUCCUGCAGCUGGGAGGAUGUGCAUGGAAACCCCCAAUUAGGAUGUAGCUGCUGCAACAUGCUGUGUCAGGUUUCAGGGGCAUGAAGAACUAUUAAAAUGCAGUUCCUUAUGUCCUUCCAGCAUUGUCUAGGGAUUACAGGAGGGAAUCGAAUGCAGCCCUGCAAACCUCUCUUGUGUCGACUCUGAAUGCCAGUUACAGUGGUGCCCCGCAAGACGAAUGCCUCGCAAGACGGAAAACCCGCUAGACGAAAGGGUUUUCCGUUUUUGAGUUGCUUCGCAGGACGAAUUUCCCUAUGGGCUUGCUUCGCAAGACGAAAAUGUCUUGCAAGUCUUGAGAUUUUUUUUUCGCUUCCCCCCCCUUUAUCUAAUCUGCUAAGCCUUUAAUAGCCUUUAAUAGCCUUUUAGCAGCUAAUCCGCUAAGCCUUUAAGCCUUUAAUAGCCGCUAAACCGCUAAUAGCGCUAAUCCGUUAAGCCGCUAAUAGGGUUGCUUCACAAGACGAAAAAACCGCUAGAGGAAGACUCUCGCGGAACGGAUUAAUUUCGUCUUGCGAGGCACCACUGUACUGAGAAUCACAAGCCGGUAGAGUGCUGUUGUGCUCAGGUUCUGUUUUAGGGGUUCCCAUAGGCAUCUGGUUGGGCGCUGUGAGAACAGGAUGCUGGACUAGAUGGGCCACUAGAGUGAGCCAGCAGGCUGCUUCUGAUUUCUCAUGCCCUUGGGACUCAGCCCAAACAACACCCCUUUUUCUGCUGCUUCACCCCCUCCUUGAGUGUUUUUUGCCUGGCUGGAAAGUGUUCUUGAAUUCUGAUAAUGCCUCUUGAUUGCCUGGCUGAAAGAUAGAGAAAGGCUCUGAGGGCAUGUGUAGAAACUACCCAACAUAGUAAGGUAAAGGUUACAUUCAUUGCUCUACCCUUUGACCCAGACCACCACUGGCAUGUGUCCCCUGGAAAGUUGUCUAGAAGGGAAUGGGGCCCUUUGACUGAAAAAGGUUCCUCACUCCUGGAUUACAGGAACCAUGGAAACUACAUUUCCCCAUGGUGUCAGCUGGCCUCAAAAGGUUAAAAAAGGUAGAUGGGAUGGGUGGGGAGGUGUCAAAAAUAAGGACAUUUUAUCUCUCUCCCCCCCCCCCCAAUUUAAGAUCUCCUACAUCAUCACUAGGUUGAUCCUGGUCCUCCUAUAUACCAAGCUGCCAGCAUACUGCCAUAGCAUAACCGUUGUGUUACAAUACCAUGGGUGAAUCACCUUGUUGUGCAAAAUUGUUUUGCAGUGACUGCUAAUUUCAGUGUUUGGGAUGAUAUAGAGCAGGGGCAGGUAGACCUCAGGCUUGUGAGAUCUUCUCUGUUUAAGCAGAACUCUCAGAUCUACUGACUAGAGCCAGGUACAUAAUAGUGGGUGGGUGGAAACAUACUCUUGGAAUUUUUGUUUUCAGUAGCAGAACUUACUGAGCUUACGGGCCUAUCACACAAGGGUCCACUCCUGUUUCUCCACCUCGCGCCAGCUUUCUUCAUCUUUUCACUCUAAUUUAGAAGAAAAAAGGUCUCUGUGUUGCUAAACAACUGGAGAGUCAGAUUCCUUGCUGAUCUACCCCAAAUCAUUCAUAGAUCUCUCAGUAGAUCCCAACCUACCUUCUGCCCACUGCUAAGACAGAGCAGAGCAUAUGCUGAGGAAAUCUUCACCAGUCUCUGGUUACAGCUGGAGCCUUUUUAAGUUGAAGGUGGGAGAGAGAUGAGUAAGCAGCCAGCCAGCACAGUGAGAGGCCUACCACUCUCUUCAGCCCUACUUUUGUGUCAGACUUAAAGAGUCGUCCUGGAGUAUACAAGCUCAUUUAUUCUCAGCUGCCUUUGUCUCUCUCUCCCACUCCAGUCUUUUACCAUGCUGUUUCUUUUGCCUGUAGAAACCUCUAUACAGUAUCUUUCUUUCCCAACUCUUUCCCCCAUUUUUAUCUGGCUAAUGCAGGGCCUUUCUUUUUGUGUCCCAUACAGCACCUAGCAUAUACUGUUCAGCAUGGCUAAAUAAAUGAUUAGCAGCAAUAAAAAGAUCCUGUUUCAAGAUGUUUAUUGACAGCUGAUGCGUAGUAAGCACUGCAGAACAGGGAUUGCUUGAUGAUUGCUCUGUUCACAUGUUGUGAAAUCUCAUGCCCUUGGAGGGAUGCACCAAUGCUGUGCUGAAGACUGUGAGUCUUAAGCCACUCAUCAAGGAAGGAAUGUGCUAAGUAGGUUGCCUUAGACAUGUCUCCAGCUUGCUGCCUCGGUCUCCCCACCCCCUCCUGUAAUAUGUGAAUAAAACUGGUCUUCCUUACAGGAUUGUUGUAGGGUUUACUGACAUAGCUCUUAUGGAUUGCACAUAUGAAGUUAUUUUUCUUUUUUGCUUGCCCUUCCUCAGUUGGGAAUCAAUAUUAGAGGUCAUUUAUGAAUGAAUUUCCUCGUUACAUAGUGGCUGCAGACACACCAUACAUUUAGAGCUAAUGACCAUCCUCCAAGAAUCCUAGGAACUAGUGUACUGCCGACAAAGCUACAGUUCUCAGCACCCUCAACAUGGUACAGUUCCUAGGAUUUUUGGGGUGAAAUCAUGUGCUUUAAAUGUAUGGGGUGCAUGCAGCCAACAAUUCUAGAAGAUGAGUGGUUUAUUUCAUUGUAUUUGACAGAAACAAUGACACUCAGUUGUUGAUGAUAGUAGACUGAAUGGACUGGUCAUGUUAGCAGUGGUACACUUAUAUCCUGUUGCAGCAUUCAUUCUUGUUAACAGCCAUCUCAAGUAAAGCUACCAUCUUGAGAAAGAGACAGUGUCCUUGGACACGUUAUGUCCUUCCUAAAAGACUUUAUCAGUGUGUUAACUGUGGUUCUGUAUGGCUUUAGGAAUGUCUUAUGGCUACAUAAAGCUCCUUUAAAUAUACAUAGUUGCUCUGCAAGUGCUUGUGUGAAGUGGAAAAUAAGGCUGCAUCAGAUCAUCCACAUAAGCACUUUUGGAAGGAGGGAGGUCACUUGUGAGAAUGUAUUGUAUUAUAUGGCAACGUAAUUGAGAGCACAUUACUUGCUGAGGAUAAUAUUUUCUGUGGUGUAAUGCCAUGCCUGAAGCAGUCAUUACAGAGUGUUGUUGAAUUUUUUAAAAAUGUGCAGUAGAAUAUUUUGUGCACAUCAAUAAAAGGAUUUAUUAGGUGCUUCUUGUAAUAUAGCUAGAUGGUACUUUAGACAGGUAUGAUAAGGUUACCCUGUCUCUUUAAAAAUAUGUAAACAAACCAGUUCUGAGAUAGACAACAGAUGAAAGCUUCUCUUCUCAGUAAGUCAGGUUUUGCUGUUUUAGUGUCUGAUGUCAUUCUGUUUGUUCCUUACUUGUCCAGAGUCUUCCAGGAAAGCAGGCUGGGCAAAUGUCUAAUAAAUAACUACUUUCGGAGGGUGAAAAAAGGUAACAUUUUAGCCUAAUCUUUUGUGUAAUCACUGCACAAAAACACACCUGAUUGUACAAAUGUAAAAAAAAGGAAAAGAAAUCCCUCCUCCUUUUGACCUGGGGCUGGGCAGGAACCUAACACCCUGAAAGUGAAGGCGCCACAUAGGCCUUGUCAGAAGCUUCACCCGAUAUAUUGUUAAUGGUUUCAUUCAAGAUGUGUGGAAUUUGCUGGGGAAAGGUGGGCAGUGAUGACUGUCAUCAGGUUGUUUCUGUAUAAUGUGUGUAGGAUUACAGCAUUUAUUUAAUUUUUUUAAUCACAUUUAUAUAAUCGCUUUCCUCCUGGGAGCUCAAGGCAGCAUAGAUUUGCUUUUCAGCUUCAUAACAACCCUGUGAGGUAAGUUAAACUGAGAGCCAUAGGUCUUGAGUCUUCUUUCUCUAGCCCUCUAACCUAGUAUGCUAUACUGGCUCUCACACUGGCAAAAAACCCAAAGAAUGAUAAAGGGAUGUUGCAUAGUAAAUAAGAGGAAGUAGAAGAGACAAGGAGUUAGGGGUCAUGUUAGAGGACAACAUAUGACAGAUGAAAUAGAGGAGGGCACCUUGUUGGAAGGGUCAGUGGGGUCAUCUAACAUGCUUGUGUACUGCAUGGCAAUGGACUUGGGGAAUAACAGAGCAUGAUUGAUGUGCAACUUUCAGUAUAUGCAAGGGGGGUCAAAGGACAACAGAAAGAAGUGGAUUGGUGCAGCCUACCUUGGUGGCCUACCUUUGUUUUGAGUUCCAUGACUUCCAAAUCUGGCAGUUCUUAGCAGACUUCAUCGUUAUUGCAGGAUUCAUUCUGGUAGACCUGGAGCCAGAGUGAAGCAAAGAGGAAUAAGGGUACAUAUUUGCCCUGUUGAAAAGCAGUUUUAAGAGGUUGGCGUUAGUAUAUGGUAGGCAGGCUGUAACCCAGAACUGGUAUCCAUGACCCUCCAGCUAGUAAGCUAGUAGGCAUGAUUGAAGUUAGCCCAACAACAUCUGGAUGGCCACUGGUUUCCUAUUCCUGCUAUAAAAUGUGUUGGCCUUUGAAGUGGGGGAAAUCUGAAAAUUGGUUUCAGAUUCCUGCUCAGUUGAUGGUCCAAUCCUAUUCCUUCAUCCUAAUCUACCUCACACAAUUGCGGGGGGUGAAGCUAAAGUGGGAUAAUUCCACCCUCCCCCUUGUGCCAUGUAUGCUAUUCUGAGUUCACUGGGAGAACAGUCUGAUUCCAUUCUUGUAUUUGGAACCAUGGGGAGCAAAAUCUGCAGUAGAAAGAGACACGCAUCCCAUCUGUUCUUCUGUCGUUUGAUGGAAAGACCCAAAACAAUCUUUUCAAAUAACUGUUGAGGCGGUGGCUGACUACCCACCAGCUGUGCCUCUCAUCUUUUGCUACAUGUCCGUCCUCUUGCUGCUGCUGUCUGCUGGGCUAUCCAUUAGCCUGUGUUCUGGAUUCACAAUGUGGGGGUGGCAGCGCAACUGCCCUACACCGUGUUAAUAGACAACACAGCCCUGUCUUAAGGACAACUUCAACCUCCUUGUCUGCACCCUCUGAAAGGGACAGUUGGCCAGAUGGAGAGUGAUUGCCCUACAGGCAAAUGCCAAAUUUCAUGGGAAAUGUUUUUGACUUUUUAUUGUUAGUUUUAUUUCCUUCGUUAACAUGUUACCAGUUUUAAAAGUUUUUAAUAAUAAUAAUUGUAACGCUCCAAAAAACAUUUGAGGAAACUGUAUCUCUCAAAUAUGAUUGUGCUAGAUAAAACAUUUGCCUGUUGCUGGAAGCUUGCAGUUAAUCUGUGGAACUUCUUAACACAAUUAUGUUCUAGAACUCAUAUUAAGGCUAGAAUGUGUCGCUUGGAAAGUAGGAAUAUAUAGUGCAAGAUCUCAUCUAAAGGGAGAGGGGUAAACACACACAGGGUUGUCAUUAAGGCAUGCUGCUCAGCAAAUUGUAAAAGGUUAGAAGAUUAGAAAAUUGGGGUUUUAAAAAAUGAAAUGGACUUCCGGAGAUUCCUUCCAUGAUAGAGCAUGAAAUUCCAUAUGUGCAACUUGGAUAUAGUAUCCUGAAAGAAGGAACCGGAUAGUUGUUGUUUUUUUGCAGAGAUUUGAAGGGGAAAUAUUCUGUAUCGGGGUCACUUAGAUGUGGUCACAGUUUUGAAGAAAAUUGGAAGUGACUCUAGUGUGCUUUACUUUGUAAACCUUCCCAGUUAUGUAGUACGGAAUGAUUUUGACAUUAUUAUGCAAGCCAUGACUGUUUCCUUGCCUGAACUAUCUUGCCACAGAUUCUUGCUGGUGCCUUCAGGUGAAUGGCAGAAAAUGUGCCCCUCCUUCUAUUACUAGAGAUUCCACCCCAGAGGGAGAGUGCUGUGCAGGGAGAGCAGUAUCAUAAUUAUAUUUUCUUGUGUAAGGGGGGGAAGCCAUGUGGGUAAGCUGUGUGGGUUUGCCCAUUGUAUCCUAGAAAAGAGUGGUACAGAUAUUCUCAGUGUUAAAAAAAAUCAUGCCACAUGCCUUUCUGGGCUGCCUACACUGUCUUGGAGUCUGAAGACUUGUGACGAUAGUCCAGCAAGGAAAAAUAAAAAGCAGGGUAAGAGACCAGAGGGAGCAGGUGGCAGUGGGAGGAGAAGUAGUGGACAGUUUAGCUGCUCUUAGUUGCUUGCAACGCUCUUAUGUUAUAUUGCAAAAUAUGCAUUAAACUUAAUAGCAAAGAAUUGUUGACAAAACCAGCAGAGAUUUUAGAGCCUGCUGUACCCAAACAAAACAAACCUCAUCAUAGCUUUCGCACAUGCACAACCUCAUGAAACUGCUGUGGGAGUGGAGUUGCCUGGUUUUCCCCAGAGUGUUUCUAUCCAUCAGAGGGAGAAUGAUUCCCAGAGAAGCAUCACAUUAUUUCAGAGAACAUGUGCCGUCUUUUGGGGAAGGGAGAAUGUUGAAUGUAUCCCUCAACAGAAAAUGGCCAUAUUCACAUGCAUAGCCUUUAAAACCUGCAAUAAGAAAGGAGGAAACUUGGUACAUAAAGCACACACAGAGCUGUAAAGUUGGCCCCUAAAUCUCUCCCCUUUUUUCUGAAGGUUCUCCUGUGGCUCCUAUCUUCAAUGGGAUUGCCAACUUUUGGUGGCUACAGGUCCUUCUAAAAUUUACCCGUAACAACUAGUUCAUAUUUUAAAAGGAUUAAGAGAUUAGAAAUAAGGAUUACCAGUUUUUUUCCCCUGAUGAGGCUGCUGUGUGUCUCAUGGGGUUGCCAACUUUUACUGGCUGCUUCUUCUCAACCAGUAACAGCCAGCUCAUUGGGUGACAUUAGCAGGGGGAUUUGUGGUUCUCGUGGCCUACAAUUACCCAGGCUUAUUUUUAUGCAUUGGUUCAUUGUUAGAAUCCCUGCCAUGAAUUUUCCAGUAAGUCGCCAAGCCUAGCUUUUAAAGGUUUAAUAUAAAAAGUGGAAAUUCAGCAGGUAAAGCACAUAUAGAACCACACAGGUGGCCCCUAAAUCUCCUGCCCCUUUAUUCUGAAGAUGUCCUAUGCCUUUCAAAGUUGUCUAUCAGUAAUCCAGUCAUUGUGCACCCCAGAAAUGUUUUCCCCUUCCCUCAAUGCCUCUCAGUUUUUACACAUUUCCUGUGGUCUCUUCUGCCCAUCUCUUUUCACACCUAACCACUUAACUGAACUUUAAGCACUUCAAGGCUGAAGCCUGGUUUGUGAGUACUUUGAUCUCUUCCCUCCACCCCCAUUCUUUUCUGUUUCACACAACCACACACUGUCAUUUUCAAAGCGUUUCUGACUCUCUCUCUCCCUCUCUCAUUUCACCCGGUACGCCAUUCAACAGCCCCCACACUCAGAACCUUAUCCAUAUCAGGUUCAUACUGGGGGUGGGUGGGUGGGGAUCGCACACUUACGAAACUGCAUUGAGUAAUAUUGGCCACCAAAAUGCCCUUUUUAAUAAAAACUGCAAACAUGUUACACAACUCAUGAAUAAUGGCAGAUACCAAGUAGACCCUUGCCUUGACCUAACACAACAAACAGUUUCCCAAAAGACACAGUUCAAACAAAGAAACCCUCCCCAUCAAAGUCGAUGGAAGGAAAACACACACCACUUACCAGCUUGCCAAAGUCUCUUACUAAAUGAACUCACUUCGAAUAAGCAAUUUCUUACCAUUUCUACUCCAAAUUCAGCAUGGGCUGCCCUCAAACCGAUUUUUCCUAUACACUGUUAAAUAUCAAAUCAUGCUGUUGAACCAUUUCCUAAUUAUGAGCUAUAGAACCCACACCCCUUUUUUUUUUUACCUACUCUGCUGUUGUAAUCCUUGCUUAUUAACAAACAAAUCUGUGCUUCUGUACAGUCAUGAAACAGAGAGAUAAACAUCAAAGAAAUCAGCAACUCACACAUAACAGUUUCUAGCUCACUCCAUGCACCAGUGUGUAGAUAUCUUAAAAUGUAGGUCAAGUAAGUGAGUACAGUCAGUGUGUGUGUGUUUAGCAGCACAUCUGCUUUAAUGCUGGCAGCAAUAUGACUUCAUAUAAUCACUUGUUCCUAUUCCCAUAAGUUUUGAUAGAGUUACAUCUGAAGAUUUGGUCUUUUCCCUUUUUUUUUUUUUGCAUUUGAGUAGAUACAGAAGACACUUUCAAUUCUCUGCAGUCCUUCCUCCCUCCCCAUCCUGCAGUGAGUUACAGAGCAGCGCUUUCUGCGUAAGGCCCUCUCUCUCAAGCUUGUCCUUGGCUCACAGUUUUCUGCAGUUAUGAUAGAUCAAAGCAGCUGCGUUACCAUAGCAGAUUAGGUCUCAUUGUUGGUUCUGUUACAUUUCAGUGUUAUUUUCAUCUUCUCUCAAGGAAAAUCAUAUUUGUUUCUUGUGAUUUACGUUAUCAACUAUCAGAAGGCGACCUGUUUAGGAUGCUAACUGCUUAUGUCCAUCAUAAAGCUGUCUGCUGCAAGUCUGCUGUGACCUGAGAUUUCGGUAUCAAGGUUCUCCUAAUAACAGCAUUUGAAGGAUCCUGUCACCUUUGACAUGUGUCCAAAAUACUGGAUACUUCCAGCAAAAUAUAUUUGUAAUAUUAGCAGAAGGUUAUUGACAGCAGACUGACACAAGUCAGAUGGGGGGGGGGGGUGUCCACAUUUGCAAACAUAAAAAAAAUGCAAAUCCCUUAACAUACAGAACUCAGAAAUCAUUGCUGCCAAAGAAUUUGAUUCAGACUUGGGCAUGAAUUGCACCUAAAAUCUAGUAUUGCCUGCUAAUCCCCUCUCUCCCCCCCCAAAGUGUCAUACUGUUACAAGUAGUGACCAUUUUAGGUGCAUCCAAUGGACGUGCAAUUACCGACAAAACAGGUCCUUUUGGACACAGAAAGAAGGCAAAAUUAGGGCAGAACCAGGGCUGGGUGGAACGGGGCAGGAUGUACUCGGGGGCCGGUAACGGAACCCCCAUGAGAAAUGGUUACCUCCUGUACAAGUAUUUUUCCAGCACUGUAAACCUCUAGCCUACCAAGGCUGGAUAAAGCUCCUGGGAACUGAAUAUGCGUAAAUCGAGAAAUCUCUAGAUGAGAAUUUACUGCAACCCAUCAAAGCCUUCAUUUGACAGUCCUGAUGAGGGAAAGUGGUCUCAUUCAACAAGCCUUCUAAUCUUUAUCCCAAAUAGUAUCUGUCUUGAAAUUGAUUUGAUUUGAUGCAUGUCCUGUUGUGUUAAAUUGUUUUUAUACUUAUAGUUGUUUUUUAUUGUUCUUAUCUAGGCCAUUGUUUUAACUGUUUUUCUAUAUGUAGCUGGUUUAUGUAUGUCACCAUAUUGUGAAUAACUUCUGAGUGCUUCAUGGGAAGCAAUUCAUAAAUUAAAUAAAUAAUAAUAGCGUAGGUCCACAUUUCUCCAAACUAUUGGAACUCCCAGCUAUCGAGGCAAGUGAUCAGAGUUGUAAGCCAAAACAUCGUGAGGGCACCAGAUUGGGGAAGGCUGGUGUAGACGGAUUAUAUAGGCCUAAAAAUACAUAAACAAUUCACUUUCAAGGAUAAACCUGAAACAUCUGGCAUGUUCCUGCCCUAUUACAAAUGUAGCGAAUACUAGAGGUUCCUGUCACCUGCCGAGCCCUUGAAGGCUGCCCUUGUUUAUGUGCAUGCUUUCCUGUUGCCGUAAUAGGAUGCAGUCAUAACCACUGUCCUUGCAGAUGGCAAUAGUAGGUGCUUGAACACAAGCAGGGUCCUGAAAAUACACGGAAUAGAUUUUAUAGGAGACAAUUUAUUGGCCCUUUGGUGAAAAUCUGUGUCUCAUUAGACAGUAGCUAUUUGGUGUCAGCCACUUUUUCCUUGCUGCACUGCUUCAAUUUUCAGCUACAACCAUGUGCUCUGUCUAGACUGCAUUUCCCGGGAGACUCUAAACCUGGCUGGCUAGCCAGUCCAAAGCGUAAACUCCCUUGGAGAGCUGUGUACUGGGGGCAACAGAUAUUUGCAGAACUGGGGCAUAAGCCCAUGCAUAGGGGCUUCCCUUGCAACCUCAGCUUGUGGGUAUUGGAGUGGAACUACCCUAAGCGUAAGAUAUCAGGGAGGAGCAAGCAGAGCUCUACUGCUUCAAAAUGUGUUUGCAUUUUAUGUUGACAAAAUCAUUGAGAUGUAGUGAGGGCAACAAAAGAGACUGAUACUAGAGCCUAGAAGGAUGAAUACCCUCAAUCAUUACACAAUGUUCUGAGGAUGGCGUGGUCCUGUCUAGAAUAAUAGACUUAUAGAAUGGGAAGGAACCUUGAGGAUCAUCCAGUCUGACCCCCUGUGAUGCAGGAAUCUCAACUAAAUCAUACAUAUAACUACAACUGAACGUAUUUCAUAUAGACAUCAAUUUUGUGUGGACAUUUGGAGAGCUUUAUAUUAACUUACAUGUUUAACUUAAUAUGAAUGUACUGAUGGCUACUGUAUUCAGACUGCAAACCAAUGGUGGGUUUUUUGUCACUAUUAUUUAUAUACAUUUUUAUUUUAUUUUAUUUUAUUCUUUUUUUCUUCAUUAAAUUUGCAAAAAAAUAAUUUAAAAAUGUGUGUACCCUACCUGACAACAGUGCGUGAAUAGGAGCCCAAGUGUACUGAAUACUUUUUAUCUUUAAAAAAAAAAAAUUUAAUUCAAUUUUCAGUUUUCCAUCUUACAAUAAACAUUUUACAUACUGUUAGAUAUCCCACAACGUCUCUCCUCUCUCCUUGGUUCAUUUUAUUUAUCUUUCAUUCCUGCAUAUUUUGCAGUAACCAUUUUAGUUAGUUCUGCAGCUAGAAUCUUCUGUUCAUUUUUCACAUGGUCUAGUCCUCAUCUGAAGACUUCAAAAAACAAAGCCAUACUUCCCCUGCCCACCCCUCUGAAUAUUCUUAUGAGGUUCCCUUCUCCAGUCUUCAAAGAGUGGCUGGAAGUGGGGAGGCAGAAAAAGCUCCUCCUUUUCUUCUAGCAGUGGCAGAUUUAAUCUGAAAUCGUAAGAUCAGUACUAUGCCCAGAGCUCAGAAACUGCUGGCAAACUGUCACAAAAUGCCCCUAUAACAACGGGAGUUUCAAACACUGCAACUAACAGGCUACAUGUUGGAAUACUUGGAAUAAGGCAGCUUGAUAGACAAACACCCUAGAGCUUAUUCUUGCUCUUCAUUUUGGGACUUGGAGAAAAGGUUAUUAGGUUCUGUUCUAGAGUACGUAUUUUAAAUGGACAAGUAGCAUGCUGGAAAUGCAUGUGCCCUGCAGACAUGACAAAUGGCGUGUAUGUUCUUUACUGUGGCAUUCACAUUCAUACAAAGCACAAAAGCUAGAGUUGUCUCAAUGACACCAGGUUUUUGCAAACUUAACAAUGCUUAUUUGCUACCUAGCACCACUGUUGCAUUCUCUUCAUAUGCAGUGCAACUUUAUCCAGAUGAGAGAGCAUUUUCAUUACUCUGGAAAGAUUUCUAGCAAUUCCCUCUGCUUUUGUAGUUGUCUUGGGAAUUGCCUAAAGUGCAUGCUAUAGACUCCCAUUUAAGAAUCGCUGGGCUAACAUAUUGGAUUGGAAAGCUUGGAUUCAACUCGGUGAUUAUAAAUGGACCUGCAGAGAGGCAGGUCUACCUCUGAACUGUGCUUCUUGCCUAUAAAUUGAAGAUGAUACUGACUUGCCUUACAGGAUUGUUGUCAGAAUAAAUGAGAAAAGGCCGAGGGACGAGAUCAUUGCAUUAUGGUUGUGGCAGGCACCAUGGGCUGUAAAUCUAAAGGCACACAAUUUUAGCAUGUCAGUGGCACCUCAUUAAUUGCAGCUUUCCAAAUUUUGCGUGACUUUGAGAAGGUACUUCAUGUGCUGCCUAGGACUGUUUAGCCAAAAAAUACCCUAUGGUAGUGGCUUGAAUCUUGUUCUAAUGGGUCUCUGUAAGUUGAAGGAAGAGGAGACAGUUCAACUGCACUUACCUGGGGGCAAAUUUAAAUGUGCACUUAUCUCCACAUCUGGAGGCAACAUUAAAAGGAGUUUUAUGAGGGAGAUGGAAAAACAGGUAAAAUACUGGUUCCAAUUGAAUUACUUGAUGCAAGAAGCACCAACUACUAUUGACUUUUGGUCACCUUUCUGAUCUUGAUCCCUCAAAAUCAGGUUGUGUGUGCUGGCAAAGACUGAAAUAAUCUCAACAACUGCUUGUAUCUCUCUUGGAAUGCUGUUCUGAUAUGUUGAAUGUUGCAACUUUAGGUUAUACUAUGCUGUAGGAUUUUGUGUGUGUGUACUGUUACCCCAAAGUUACGUGCAAUUUCUCUCCCCCUCUCUUGUAAUAUUAGUACCUGUGGUCAUCCAAGAAAGUUGAAUGGUGGGAGAUUCAGGACAGAUGAGAUGGAUUACUCCUUCACACAGUUCAUAGUUAAACUGGAAUAGGUUACUGCAAUGUGUAGAGAUGGCCACCAACAUGGAUGGCUUUCAAAGGGAUUGGACGUGGAGGACAAAGCUAGCAAUGUUUGCUAUAUAUUGUCUCCAAUAUCAGAGAUAGUAUAUAGGGACGUGCUGCCGUUCUCAUGCCCUGCUUGUAGGGUUCCCAUUGCUUGCAAACUGCAAAAACAGGACGUAGAUGGGUCUUCAGUCUGAACCAGCAGGAGGGUUCUAACGUAGUUAGGGUAGCCACUUUAAUAAUGAGCUUUGGAUGCUCUUGAAAUCAGACUGUAGUCCCAGUUUCAUUCUGACUGACACAUUACAGGCCAUAUGAGGUCAAAACUGUCACAACUUUAAUGCCUCCUAUUUUAUUUGAAAUCAAAGCUCCAUCUUCUCUUAAUUUGUGAACUCUCUUUAAUUAGUGCACAUUGAAGUUGCCAUGAUAGAUCACUACUAUCCUUGAAUAAACUAGAUACAGUUGUCUGCUUGAUAUUUCCUGCAGACAACAAUAUCUCUACCUAUUAGAGCAAUAUGAAUGCAACACGGCUAAGUUUAGAGGGCUUGUGGGAGGGGGGAUGAUUGCUUAGAUCAGGCACAUCCAACAGGUAGAUCAUGAUCUACCGGUAGAUCACUGGCAGAUCACUGGCACCCCCCAAAGAAGCUCAAAAACUUUGGCUCCUCUUUAAAAAGCCUCAACAACUUUGACCUGAACCCAGUUUUUAACUCUGUGAGUAGAUCGCAGUCUCUUGGGAGUUGGCCACCCCUGGCUUAGAUAAAACCAUUUUCCUCAGGGUAAAAAGAUUUGCAAACUUCAUGGAAUAAAUGUGUAAAAUAUGUAUCUCAUAUAGAAAAUCAGUCUUGUAUUAAUGUGUGAGUUUUGUGAAAAUCUGAUUACAAUAGAAAAAGGGCAAGUGUUUUGGUGGCAGCUGAUGAACUUUGCUGGGGCGUUUUGGUUUAUGCGAACUUCAGAGCUUCUAAGUUGAAGCAGCAGGGAGAUGAUAAGGGGGUGUGACUGUAGUUCAGUGAUAGUGCAUGCUUUGCAUAGACAGGCCUAUUGCUUAAUUUCUAAAAAGAGAGUUAACAGCUGCCCAGAAAAGCCUAACGUUUUCUUCUUAAGAAUGUAAGAAGAUAGGCUGUGUGUUUGCUCCGUAGGCACAGGAAGAGAGGCACUCUACAUUGCACAUAAGCACAUUAUUUUACAUAUUCCUGUUCAGCUAAAAUAUCUUGGGGCUGCUUCAUAUGUUUUUAGCAUGAGCUUGCUUACUAUUUGCAUGCGACUAUUUUUGCUGUUGUGAUCAGUCAUCACUUUCUCUUGUUUUCUUCAACACAUGAGAACUCAGUGCUGCAUGAUUACCCCUCAGGGCAUGUCUACAUGCUUGCUUUAAAGCUCCUUUGUGAUGUUUUUUUAAAAGUAAGUCUUUUGUGCUCUGUUAAGACAUAUUCAAAUUUAUAUGUAUUCGUGGCACUUAAUUCUUUCCAUGCAUACCCCUUGUGGUUUAAGAGCACUGCAAAGUAAACACGGUCUGUUGCAUUCAAGUUAAAAGCCUAUCUUUCCCCUUGUAAAACUUUUUCUUUUCCAUGUGUUUGCAUCCUAUUCUAAAUGUGGUUCUUCAAAAUUUUGGUGGAAUGGUGCUCUUGUGUGCACUAGUGCUGGGCUGGUUUUCAACAUUGUGAUAUAUCAGCAGCUAAACAUUGCAAUAUACUGAUAUAUCACCAUGUCUGAAAUAAGGAUGGAGCUAUGUAAAAACAUUGGCUGGUUACACAAUUUUCCCACUUCGUUGUUUUUGCACAACACCCACCCACCCACCCUGAUUUCAUGAUAUAUUGCCAGGUCAUUAGUAUCAUGAUACGGACUUCAAACCUGUUUUGGAUGAUUAUAUUGAUGUAUCAUCCAGCCCUAGUGUGCACAAAAUGCUAGGAAACCAGUUUGCUUCACUGAUUUCAGCAUGCACAUUCACACUCCCUUUUUAUGCUAUAUACUGUAGUUCUAAACUCUUAACUUUAUCAGCUUUGGUUCAUGUGUGUAAAAUAUUUCUAGCUUCAGAAAAUCAUAUUUUAAAACAACAACACUAUGUUUAAGCAAAAAUAAAGAGGGACUAUUGGGAAAGAUGGAAAUAUUGGGACCAGUAGCUACACUCAUACAGAAUCAGAGCUCUUCACCUGUAUUAUUUUCAGAAAUAGAUGUAACAUUGUAAAGUUUGAGGGAAACCUAUUAAACACAUCAUAAAAGUACACCCAAAGUAGUGGUCUAUUUUGUAGAUGAUGUCCAACAUGUUUUGACCAUGAUAUGAAGAUGCUUAUUGUCCCAAACCUUUCGGUAGAAUAUACCAAAAGCAUCUCUAAAGAAUAUAAAAGGUAAAGGUACCCCUGAUGGUUAGGUCCAGUCGCGGACGACUCUGGGGUUGCGGCGCUCAUCUCGAUCUAUAGGCCGAGGGAGCCUGCAUUUGUCCGCAGUUUUUCCAGGUCAUGUGGCCAGCAUGACUAAGCUGCUUUUGGCAAACCAGAGCAGCACACAGAAACGCCAUUUACCUUCCUGCCGGAGCGGUACCUAUUUAUCUACUUGCAUUUUGACGUGCUUUCGAACUGCUAGGUGAUAGAGCUCACCCCAUUGUCGCAGGGAUUUGAACCACCGACCUUCUGAUCGGCAAGCCCUAGGCUCUGUGGUUUAGACCACAGCAGCACCUGUGGUUGAAACUUGUGCAUUCUUCACAGAAUAAAUUGCCACUUUCAGGCACCAGCUUAAGGCCUGCCUCUUACAGUAUGUUUUAGUGUGAGUUUGUUUAAUGUUGUGCAUCUCCUUCCAAAUGAACUGACCUGCCUAUGCGGUGGGGAUAAGAGGUCAUAUUUGUUAAAGCAUUUGGAGAAUGGGGCUAACUUAGUUCUGCACUGUUUAGCAUUAAACCUAUAGAACAUAAAUCUACACCAGAGACUGAGAGUGACUUAGGCAUCAUUCCUGUGCCUCAGGGACUCCUGGGAACCCUAGUUUUGUGAGGGAAGAUAAGGAUUUAAGAAUUAUCACAGACUACCUUCUCCAGAAUCCUUGGGGUGGGAUUGGGGAACCACUAACAGCUGAGAAUAGUCUAAGCAGGUAGUGUCUCUUGAGGCUGGGAUUUCUUCCAGAUUAAAAUUCUAGAAGGGGAUAUCUUUGUUGGAGUCCAAAAGGCCUUGUUUUUCAAAAACAGCCACCCUUUCACACAGUGUGCGCUCCCUUCAAAUCACACUUGCUAUUUUGAAUUGGGCUGUCCAGUAUUUGUAGGCCUUUCUUUAUUGCUUUUUUAAAAGCCUUGGCUUAUGAAAACAUAUUGGCAAGUGUUUCUUCAAAGACGUAUAAUCUUUCCUUAGCAUAGUUUUGCUUCUCUUGUUUCAGUUACUUGUGUGCAGUAUGAAGCUGUGCACCACAGUGGGCUUUUUUCAUCUUUUGUGCUUUCCGUUUUCGUAGGAAAUACCUUUUAUAUUUUCAGGGGUGCCAGAUGCUCAGUGGUGUGCUUGAACUGAGUGUGACUCAGCAGGUUGCGGUGAAUUUGUCAAACGAGAUUGGCCUGAUCUCAUUUAUCCAAUAAGGAUGACCAAUUAUGAGCGCAUGCACUCAAACUGAGCACAUCUCUGUUGGGUAAUGCAUAUUAACCAUGUAAAGAAAAAAUGCCCUGUGUUUUUCCCUUAUCCCUGACACUGCACUUUACUUAGAAAUGCUUGCCAUGCUCUUAAACAUAGUUACCAUUUGUCAUUUGAACUGUGAAUUAUUCUGCAUUGAUAUUCAAAAGGUGGACAGGGUUUUUUGUGAUCCAGGCAUCAUUAUUAAUAUUUACUAUCUUGUGUGUCAGCUGAAGUUCAAACUCUUGCUUAGGGUGCAGAAACAAUCCUGAACAAUCCUGAAGAUAGGGAAGUUGAUGGACAUAAUACUUUUACACAAAUGUACACCCACCCCCACCCCAGGAAGCCACUGGAAAGUUUAAGAACUGAACCUUACUAUUUCAAGUAUUGAGUCAGUGUCAGUUUCACAAAAUACUAUAUAAAUAUAAUAAAAAUUUGAGACCAGAUGGACACUAUUGUAUCAGAAAGAUUUGGUUCCCAUAUUAGUUAUCUGAAAAUAUUGCCCCUUUCUUAACUAAAUAGGAGGUGACAGGUUUUCAGGAACCCUCCCCUGGGAGAUCUGAAAAGCACUCAAAGGAUCCUUUUCCAGACUGGCUGGAGCCGCUAAUAGAGCAGUCUUAGGGGAUAGAGGGGCACAACAGCAUUGUGUUGCUGGUCUCACUGGUUCUAUUAAUAAGCAGGUUGUCAAUCUUUUUUUAAAUAUAUAUGUACAUAUCCAAAUAUGGGAGAGUUUCAGAAGUCUACAAGUGGGUUUUUGUAAACAAAGACCUGUUUUCCCAAAUGAAAAAUAUGAAGAAGUUAUUGAGCAAAGGGGCCAACUUAGAUAAUUUGUUAGAUAAAUUAUAUUUCUAUCUCACCUUUCAGCCAACAUUGGCUCCCAAAGUGGUUUACAACUACUAAAAUCCAUCACAAAAUUCACUGAUUUGACAGAUUGUCUAACAGCAGUAAUAAUUGAAUUCUGAACAAUAAUUCAAUAGACUAACUGGCACUCAAAAUAACUUCAAGGGGAUGAAGAUAAAGAGGAGCAGCAAAUUUGGAUACCCAGAUGUACUCCGUAUCUAUCACGGCAUGAACUGGUUUCCAGUACUCUUGCUACAUUUGUAGCUGAAAACAAAGACGGCUUAAUCGGCAAGCUAAAAGAAGUUGUUGUGCAGAGUUUCUGCUAUCAAGCAGCGUUUCUGCUAUCUGUAUGAUAGUCUGCAUGCAGAACAAAUUGCUCCAGAUUUCAACAGGCGCUUCUUGGCAAAACAGUAAAGUUGCUCUGUGCAUGUAUGAGUCGUUUCAAAACAAAUGCUUGGGUCUUUUUUGCUCUUUAGUCAUAUGAGAGCACCAUGACCUCUGGCUCUAAGCCUUGUGUGUCACAAUAAAUUGAGGGAGGAAAAAUACCCCGAAAGUUGUAUUGAUAAAAGUGUGGCUUUUUUUUUUCAUUUAUGCAGUUUAUUCACUACCCUACUGUUGAGUGUGAUCUCAGGGUGGGUAAUAGCAAUUUUUAAAACAAAAUAAAAACCAACUAAACACGGUAUGGUAAAUGAAAACAGGGAGAUUACAAAGCAGUACAUCACCCAUCUGUCCCAAUGCAGGCCCUGUAGGAUCAUACUAGAAACUCUAGAAAAUGGAUAAUAUUGGUGCCAGCCAAGCCUUGGGAAAAUGUUAUUCCAAAACCAGGGUGUAAGUGCUGAGGUUACCCUCUGGCAUGUCACAGGUUCACUGACCUCAUUCAGAGAUGGUGUAACCAACAGGGUGGACAGUAUGGGGAGAGGGACUUCUUCAGGGAAUUGGGUUCAGAGCCUUAUACAUCAAAACCAGCACCUCGAAUUGGGCUCAGUGGUGAAAAGGUAGCCACUGCAGAUCUUUAAGUAUGGGUGUAAUGUGGUCCCAUACAGAAAAUCUGGCAGAACUCUGGCAGCUGAGCCUUUUGCAUUUUAAAUUGCAUUUUAACCUGUAUUUUAAAUUGUUUUUUUUCUUUUGCUUUUUUUCUUAUUAUGUUUUUACUGGAAUUUUAUUGGUGUUAGCUGCCCUGAGCCCAGCUCUGGCUGGGGAGGGCGGGGUAUAAAUAAAUUUAUUAUUAUUAUUAUUAUUAUUAUUAUUAUUAUUAUUAUUUGAACCAGCUGCAGUCUCCAAACUGUCUUCAAGGAUAGCUCCACAUACGUUAGCCCCAAAUGGAGUUUACUAGAGUGUGGUUGUCACUCUUUUAACAGCUCUGUGAAACUGUGACUUGGUCACUGUCCAUCCUCUGAUCCAAUAGGUCCUUCAUCUGUGUUCUGUGAAGCCAUUCUGAGUGGCCAGUGAGUAGAACAGGAUGCUUCAAAUAAUAAAUGGGUUGGUUUUCUUAUGAAUUCCAGUUGCUAGGAAUUGUGAACAGGAGACUGCUGUUGUGCUGAUGUCCUAUUUGUGGGCUUACCAUAGGCAUCUGGUUGGCUAUUGUGAAAACAUGGUUUUGGACUAGAUGGGCCUUUGGUCUGAAGCAGUGGGCAGGCCAAGGUUUCUGUUUACCUGUGGAGUCACACUUCUUUGAGGCUUUAAAACCAAACGUUCACCUCAGUAUCUGCAAAGCCUCUUGUGUUACCCAUAACUCUAAAUGACUUGUUCAUCUCUUUGUUCUGGAAUCUCAACAUACACUGUGUGCAUAUUGAAAUUGGACUCCACCCGCAAUUUUCCAGGUAAUUUUGAUAGCCUAUUUCACAAGUGCUAUAGACCAGGGAAACAGAAUGCUUGAGCUCAUCCCACCAAUGACCUUUUGGCCCAAGGACUGGAGUAGCAUGGUUUGUUAAAACCCAGGUGAAAUUUGUACUGGUUGGCCUUUUUUUUGAAGCUUGUUGUUUUCGAGCAGUCUGUUAUUUUCUCGACAAGUAUCAGGUUAUGCCUUUUGAAAUGGAACGCUGGGAGAAUAAGCACAAAAUCUUUGUGAAGAGUCUCGGUACCUUGGAAGAUUUGCUGAUGUGUCAUAUCUUGAGAAGCUGAUGGCUAAAAGCACUCAGUUUUUCUAAUCAGAGAGUUAACAUAAAUUCAUUGCUGACAGUUAGAUUUGAGCUGGAGACUCGCAGCCUCGUAAAACUUUGGAGGCCAGAUUAAAAGCAAGAGAAGUUUAAGAAUGUUGGUAAUCUUAAAACCAUAAAUCACUGAAAGAAAGCAGCAGUGGGCUGAACUCUGCUGACAGACAUAUUAAUUUCUAAGGUCUUGUGACAUUGAGAAAUCUAAUGUUGCAACUCAUUGUACGUAGGACAGAUAAUUCCUUUCCACAGGGCAGAUGUUGCCGUUCCCUUUUCUGCUUCCUCUGCUCUAAGUUUGUCAACCUUAAAUAAAGUGUUCUUGCUGGGAGCGGGGGUGGGUUAUGUCUGAACUGGACGCCUUCAUUGCCAUUUUGUCCCUUAAUGUUUCAUUGAGGUUCACACACUUCCUGUACAUAUUUAUGUGCUUCCUAUAGGAAUUGCAAGUGUUUAGUUUUGUAUUUAUUUGCAACAUACUGUGAGCACACUUGCUGUUUGUUUAGAAAGCUUUCUUUUAAUAAACAGGUAAAAUUUGAAAUUUGGGUGUUAAAAAUGAACAGACCAGAAUAUAUAUAAUAGACCUUUUUGACUCAGCAAGUGCUGAAGAAUUGCUCAAUGGGUAUGUGAAAGUUAAUUCCCUGCAGGCACUUUGGCUGGAGCAAAGCACAGAGUACUAUACUGCAGUUAUUAUAGAAAUGUAAGCCAACAGAACAAAAUUGAGGAAAAAAGGGUAAAAAUAUGCUGGCUCAGGGUUUCUGCUCUCUGAACAAAGCAAGUCUGUCACAAGUGAAAGUUCUUAUUCCUCGUUGGCUCUUAAUUCAUGUCCUGUGUUCCAGUGCAUGCAAGUUGUGUUCCCAGGGAGCUUGUCAGACGUUGCAUUAAGUUGUCUUAUAGGCUGUGUCUCAGCAGAAGCCAAAUAUGGAAUGGGCCGUGGGGACCAAAUUAAUUGACAUGCAGAUAACUGUACGGCCAAGGUGGCAAGCUUCCAUUAUUGCUACUUGCGUUCUUAGCAUAAAGAACACCUCUCAUUAAAGUAACUUUAUCCAACCCUUGAGUAUCAUUCUUUUUAUUUUUUAUUUUAAAAAACAUUACCAGCAGCACUCUCAUUUCCCAUGUCCUUUCAUAGUAUAACCUGAGUAUUGGCUCUGUCUGUUAAUAAGGUUAUUUCUCCUGAAAUACAUCUCACCUUCCCUGUCACUUAUCUUUAUACAAUGAAGGAGAGGAAGAAAACCUUGCACAAAAUAGAGAAAUUAUACGUUCUCUGCACCCACACAUCCUUGAUUUGUUUCAGCACUUCCAAUCUAUAAGAUGCUUCAUGUUGUCCUGGUCCGUGCAGUCAACAGGACUGAUGUGUCUGUGUCUCCUGCACAUUUUGUUUCCAGUGCUUGCCAUCGAAAGGUUAUCUGCCUCCUCAUAAAUUCUCUCAACCUUCAUCAGCAGAGAAACAGUUUAAUUACAGACAUGUUGAAACACUGCCUAUUAACAACAAAGCUGUUUUUAAAAAUAAAAAUUGAAAAAAAUCCUGCGCUCUCUUCCAAAUAUUGCCCCCAAGGCAGCACUAAAGCCCCAUAAAGGCAAACUGUAAUCUAUCUGGCAAGUGUCAACCCCAAAUGCUCAAGCAAAAAGAAUAGUGUUUACCUGGUGCCUAAAUGUAAACAAAGUAGGCACUUGGUGAAUGGGUAUUCCAGUGAAUACCUGAUAUAUAACAGCUGAUUACUACCAGUGAAGCAUAUGGUUGUGUAGAACCAACAAUGGUUUAUUCAGUGGUAGCCAGGAGGGUGUUACUUAAGAGGCUUUGCCUCUGGUUUCUUUCCCUCCCCACCACCUCCAAAAUAUUUGGAAUCUUACACGAUGAAAGGCAGUUUAGAAAUAUUGCAAUAUUUUUUGAUAUUAACCCUCAAUACUUGAGGGUUACUUCUGGUAUAUUAUUCAAAGUGCUCAAAAUGUGUGAUGCUAAAUAGGUAUUUCUUUCGCUCUAGGAAUGAACACAUCUCAUCGCUUUUUCUUCUCUCAGGGGAGCUUGAUUAGCCAAGGUGGAACGCGGUAGACAGAAACAGCCAAGCUUUCCAUAUGAAAGACUGAUCUAUUUUUAUUUCGUUCUAGUCGGGGCAGUUCAAUGAAGAUAUGAUCCCAACAGUGGGCUUCAAUAUGAGGAAGAUCACCAAGGGAAAUGUUACUAUAAAGGUAAGAUGCAGUAUUCUUGGGCAAGUGUGCUCCUAGAUUUGCAACAUAGUGCUGCAGGCAAGCUUGGGGGUUUAAGGAAGCACUGGCAGAUCGACAGGGUUGAAUUAACACCAGCUUUUUAAAACUAUCUGCUGUUCCAUAACACCAAACUGGUUUCUGGGUGCCAAGCUGAGCCAACCCUUUUCUAGAGGACUCUAGGGAUGCUCUGAUAAGUUUUUCUUAAAAUUGGUUCAAUGUUCAAAUUAUUGGGGAAUUUAGUUUGCGGAGAGAGAAGGCCCACCUCCCUCACCUGCAGUUUUUAGACUAAAAGUUUAACUCAGACUGAAUGGUGCUGGAAUGGAGUUUAUGAAUUUAUUUUAUUGAUGGUGCCCUGUUUUCCAACACAAUUUGAGCACUAAAUUGAUUACUGCUUCUGGUUGUAAUAUUUUAUUCAGUUUUUAUAUGAUGUGUUUAAUUUUUUAAUUUUUAUAACUCUUUAUAAAUCACUCUUAAAUCAAAAGAUUGCUUAUAGAUACAUAUGAGGACAAAAUAUAGAAGUGUUUGUUUGUUUAAUUUGUAUACUACUCUUCAUCUGAGGGUAGCAAGGCAGUAUACAAUAUAUCACAGGGUGGUUUACAAUAUAAGUUAAGGUUAUUCUGGGGUGUCUUCUAGUCAAAACUGUGGAUGUGAAUUUCUGGGUGGUCUUUCUCUCACUAUUGCUAGAUACCCUAUUGUUUUUGUGUAUUAUUUGAAUGAUUAGCUCUGCUCCUGUUAGAGAGAGGAGUAGGUGUUUGGUGGGAAUCCUAAAAGGAAUUUCCUAAGCAGAGUAGUGGCAGUAGAGUGUGUCUGGUUAAAUGCAGGAUUUCUAAAUAUAUCAGUAGACUGUUCGCCUCCUUCAGUUCCAUUUAUGUGUUUUGACCGGGAAAACAUUGCAAAUAUUAUUUAAUUAGUUUGGAUAUCAGUUCCAUCACUCAAGAGUUUUGUGGAGCUAAUCCUAGUAAAUUUUAAUUCAUCAUAAUACUGUAAUUUGAAUACCUGGGUUCUUUACAGUAUUUGCAAGUGUGAGAAUGCUUUUGUGAAGUGGCCAUUGUUGUACCACUGUUGCUCAGAAACCCAAGGCUCUCUGAAAUCUUCUGGUAGUGCUUCAGAUGGCUUCCUUAAUAAUAAAGAGUGUGGGCUGUGGAGAGACUGGAUGACCAUGCAUAAAAUGAAGACAUGGGAAAGUGUAGAGCAGGCAGUGGGGCCAAGUAUGUGCGAGUCAAAGAGAAUGCUUGGGCUUGCAAAUUCUCACAUCGUAGUCCUCACCCAUAUUUUAACUUGCUGCGUCUUUCCCCACAGCUCUGGGAUAUUGGGGGCCAGCCUCGUUUUCGUAGCAUGUGGGAGCGGUACUGCCGUGGAGUCAGUGCCAUAGUGUAAGUAUUCCAUGCCUCGAUUCUCAGUCUGUCACCAAGCUCUGAGAUUGCUGUGCGCUACUCUCAAGACAAGUCCUAGGCUUCCUCUGAACACUGGAGCCGUGUGGUGGUGGUGGGAUCAAAUCAGUCCAAUAAACUCAGGCAAAGAUGAUAAACCCUGAGGCUUCUUUGUUCCACAGGACAUAUCCACUGUCUCUUGGAUCACAUUUGGAACUGUAAAGAGAUUCUUACCUACCUUACAGGUGUGGCUUCACUUCUAAGCACAGGCUGGGAUCCUUUAUAUCAGGCCCGAGAACCUGUGGCUCUCCAGAUGUUGUUGAACUACAACUCCAUAAAUCCAUUCUUUAUUUCUUAUAGAAUGUCACAAUGACUCCAUUGGAUCCUACCUGCCUUUGAACCAUAAGUGAGUGCCCCUGCUCUGAGGGUUACUGCACACACAAAUAACCACUGGAUGGCUGCACUUAAGCUGCACUGUACCAAAUAAAGUUGCAAAUAAAGCACCGCUUCUGCAUCAGGCCACUUUUGACACACAAAGGGUUGCUUGUGGAAUCUGAUUAACUGCAUGGAAGGCAGGAGGAGGAGGAAGGUUCUUCAGGCAGCCGUUCAGUUCAAACCCUCACUGUCAGUAGGCUGUGGGGCAGGGCAGGGCCUUUUAUUGACAGCUGCAGACUUCUGUGCUGUCUCUGAAAGAUCUCAGUGUCCUUGGCUGACUCUUCAGUUCCUGCUGGUGCUGCUUUUUGUGAAACCCUCUUUAUUCCUUUGAGUACCUGGUACGGGUGGACGGAAUAACCUUCAGCCAUUCUGCUGCUCUCCUCUCUUGGGCUGAAAUAGAGCAAGACAAAGUAUUUCUCUAGCGCCUCUGCCAAAGGGCCGGGCUACACCAGAUUACAAGUACGCCUUUUAAAAACGAGCCAAUUCUGUUUUGAAGAAUAGCACCUUCAGGGAGUGAAGAGCAGCCAGGUGUAGGGCAUUUUUUGGUAGGAAACUGGCACAAGGCUCUGAUCUGGAGAUUGCCUGGUGAGUGACUGGAGAGGAUUGAAUUUCCAGUGGUCAGGGAAUGUGGCUUCAGUGCCUUGUAUUGUUUCUUCCUUUCCCUGUGUCUACUAGAGGUAGAGAGAGGUUGGAAAAAACAACCAAAUUCAUUAAUUCUAACAUUUAUUCAAGCCAUAGAUUUUAAUAUAUAUUUAUUUUUAGCAAAAAAAACACCCUUGGGAUUCCUUAGAAAGCUGCCAUAUACCAGGUCAGGCUGUUCAUGCAUUUAGCCUAGAAUUGUUUGUUCUCACUAGUAGCAACUUUCUUUAAGCUGAGAUGCCGCAGAUUUGAACCCAGGAUCUUCUGCAUGCAAAGCAUGGGCUCUACCACUGACCUGUGAUUCCUCCUCAAAGUUCAUGCGCAGACUACACAGCCUUGACUAUAAGCUGGUUUCUAUGCCAUUUUUUGGGAGAAGAUGUUGGAUACUAGUAUUCAUAGACAGGUGAUUUUUGAAAAGGAAGAAGUCUGCUCCAAGAAGCAGUUACUUUCCUUCAGAGAUGGAUGCUUUUAUGAUCUCCAUUUUCCAGAAGCAUCAUCUCUCUCUGAGGCCCCCAUUCGUAAGAAUAUUUAAUUACCUUACCAGAUUGCAGGGUUUGGUCUUCUAAACAUGAAAUGUGUGCAUUAAAAGCUAUAUUAUGUGUACCUCAGAAGCUAUAUAUACACAAAUGUAGGGUGAAGGGAAGCCUUUAUCCCUUCAGAACUGUUAAAAGGGGUAUAUAGUGUCUUCAAUAUACAUGGCACUUUGCAAAAUAACAAAAGCAGAAAAUAUAGAUGCUUCUUCCAGACAGCUUGUACAUGGCACUUAAGGGGUAGCUUACAUAAUUCAGCAGAAACUGGGGAAUGGCAGAAACCAGCAUGUACAGAAUAGAGGCUCUUUAAUUUCCUUAGAUCGGGGCUUCUGCGUGCUUCAUACCAGAUUCUUGGCACUUCUCAGCUGGGCUUACCUUGAUGGCCACUGCCAAUGACCAGAGGCAAUACAAGCUGGGCUCAGUUAGAAAUCCAGUACUGUGUAUGCUGUUUCAGUUGCAGAAGUAUUUCCUUGUAGAUUUCCACAUUAUCGAAUGCUUCUCAGAUGUUCUGUGCUUGUUCGAUAUCUACUAUAACAUAAAAACUCCAUGUAGGAAAUCUGCACACUGCGUCCCAUAUUCCCUGCCUGCUGGCUUUCUAGGUGAGCCAGCCUAGCACAUUUUGCCCGAUGAAUAAUUUAACAUAGAUGCGGUUUGCCAAGCUCCUGCUGUGCAACCAGCAGUUAGAGCAGCUGAAUUGUUGCAUUGCACAAGAGCACCUCGCAGCUUCUUGUGUUGAGCAUUGGAGGCACUCUGGAAAAGGGCAGGGAUAAGGAUUGCCCAUUAAGGUAGUGGCACAAGCAGCAAUUUGUGUGCCACAAGAAAUCAGAACUGGCAGUGGCAAGGGCCUUAUUUCUAUGGCGGCUUAGGAAUUUGGUAAUAGAUGGUCAGUGGGUCUAAGGAUCUGAACCCUUCGUUAUGCUGAAUGUCCCUCUAACACAAAAUCAAGUAUCUUGAACAAAAUACUUUCAGCAGACUCCAACCGCCCCGCCCCAACUUUUAGCUCUCUUGAAUUUAAACAUAUGUUGGCAGAUGGCUGAUAAAAAUCUUAAACUUAAUCCCACCUGUAUGGAUCUGCUCUUUGUUCUUUGCACUCUUCAGUAAAAAUCAGUCUAUCCCCAUCCCCAAGCAAAAAAUAUCAACAUAAAUUAUAAAACAAAACUCAAAACUAGCCCUCUCACCAGUUUAUAUGAAGUUUGCAAACCAAAAGGAUUUCUACAAAUUUGGACUGAUAUGUAGCAUUAUGGUGGCCACACUGAAAGUAUGUGGUCUCAGAAUUGCAAUUCCCCCUACUUAUGGGAUCGGGAGAGUAACUGAAUCUAAUGCAAGGUAGUGGUUUGUUAGGACCCCAUAUUCAGUGGCUGGGACUCAAAUGAAGAUUCAGUAUAACCCAUCUUGCUUUCUGGAGAUUGCUCUCUUCCUCUGGUUUGGCUACUCCAUGCAAUAGCACCUGUUGCUUCUUGUCCUCAGAGCUAAUGUAGUUGAUUUCAUUCCAGAUACAUGGUAGAUGCUGCAGACCAGGAGAAGAUUGAAGCCUCAAAGAAUGAACUUCACAACCUGCUUGAUAAGCCACAGCUCCAGGGCAUCCCUGUAAGUUGCUCCAGUUCUGGAGAGAGGCUAAGUAAGCAAACAGAUCCGUAUGAGUGUGUGGUGGAUCAUAACUAGCAGUGGAUGAUUAGUGGCAAGCCUUCCAGACCAGACUCUGGAUUAAAUCCUUCCUCUCUAUUUGCAUGCUUUGCUCUGCUGGACUGUGUCGUUGGGAUGUCUCUUUUCCAAGAUAUAAAAGGUUUGGUUAGAACAGGGAAACUGUUUAGAAUUUAUUACUGCACCAUUUGGAAGAGAUAAAGGACACACCACUUGCCGCUGUUACCUUAAUGCUGUGAGUCCUUGAGGGUACAAUGUAUGUGAGUUUGAGGUGAGAAAGUCUAGGAUGAGCCAAAUGAGUGGUGCUUGCUAUUGUAUUAAUAUUCCAUCCAUGAAAUGGGAAAAUACCCUUGUUCUGCAAAGUCCGUCUGCCACCAGAGAAUCUGAAGUCCUUUUCAGCAUACGUUGCAUCUGAGCUCAACAAAAAAAGCUUAUUAGAGAAUAGGAAAAUAUGUAAUUGACAUAUUUGGCUAGGUUUUUGUUUUUUGAAACCCUGCUGAUCUUAAUUUCACCAGUGUUUUCCUUGUAUUCAGGAACUGACCGUGUAGUUUGAAGCUCUUGUGUUACAUCUCUUGUCACUGUGAUGUAGACCUGGCUUUUCUGAUUCCAUGCUUAGAAGAAGUUCCCCUGGAUUAUAAAGAAAUUCUUUGCUUCAAGGGUGUCAGUUCUAUUAAAAACAUGGCUAUAUAGGGUUUAUUUAUCAUAACCAAUGGAGCCACCCUUGGCUGAUCCAGUGGUAGAUGCGAGCUGCCUAUGUGAGUCGUGGACUGAGAGAUCUGCCCUCUUCUCUUUCUCAGGUCCUUGUUCUUGGGAACAAGCGAGAUCUGCCUGGUGCCUUGGAUGAGAAGGAGCUCAUUGAGAAGAUGUAAGUAUUUGCUGUUAGGACUUGGAGUUACAGGUAUUUGCCUACUGUGGGCUUUUGCAUCUCAAAAUGAACCAUUGUUGAGCUUGACUGAGGCAUUCACAUUGCACUGAUUAAUUGGUUUUCAUACACACAAGUCGGUUUAAGAGUUUGGGAAAUUGGAUCUGGAUAUGUUUGGUGUGGUUGAAAGAUCAUAAUCCUAGAUCACAGCAGCAUUCUUGAAUGAAUCAGAAGUCCUGUACAUUUUGUUGCCCAUUGCCGAAUCUGCACGUGUCUCCCUCAGUGGUGUGGAAAGUGAAAUUUUCUGCACUGCUUUUCUGCAGAAAAUUGUUCCAUAAGUUCAUUAAUAACAAUGAAUGCAUGGCAAUUGCAAAUGUGAUAUUAGGCAAGCAAGUUUCUAGUUUUAUUUGCUGAAUGCAGGUAAAAGAAGCAUGCUGUAUUAGAUGUCUUGGGCUUCAGAAAAAAUUCCAGUGCAAAUCACCCUACUUUGAAUUCAAAAAUUUUCCAGAAAACCUGCAUCACUGCCCCCAUCUCCAUCUUUUGCCAUAUCAGAAUCAGAAGUGGUUUAUAAAUCUGCAAAUAACCAAUAACAUAAAUUACUGGAAGAGAGCUAGUGCUUGUAUGCAGCUCUCUUAAGGGGCAGGUAUGACCUCAUGCUCUGUCAACACUGGCAAGGCUGCUGUAGGAUUGCUUCAGUGCUGCUGCAUUUUUGACUGCUCACUUAUUUCCCUCAGACAUGCACAUGUUUCCAACAGAUGAGAGGCUGCUACCAAGUGACUGAAAAAGAACUAGGCCAAGGCAUCUAUUUCUUCAGCUGUAAAAAUCUUCAGUAAUUUGGAUCUCUUGCUGCAUUCCUUAAAGGGGAAAUUUGCUGUUACGACAAUGGGGAGACAUCUGCUUGUUUUUUAAGGCUGCUUUGAACUCAUAGGUCUGGUCCCCCCCCCACGGCUGGGCUAUGCAGAUCCUUAAUUCCUUUCACAAGGUUAUGGCAUAAAUUCCAGAAGGGUAGCUGUUACAGUCUGCUUCAGGAAAAACAGCAUGGAGUCUUGUGUUGCCCUUUUAAAGCCUUUCAUAUUUAUUGUGGCACGAGCUUUUGUGGACUAGAGCCAGCUUUGCCAACUGCAUGAAAUGUUUUUGUCAGUAGAGAGUGUGUAGAAAUAACACACACACACCGGUUGUCAUAGUAUUAUCACCUACCUUUCUAGCUAUGCCAAUUCAACUCUUGUUUUGGAGAAAAGAAAUCCACAGCUCCACAGAUGCAAUAUAAUCAAACUCACUUACCAAAUUCUAGUCCUGGUGUUUCAUAUUAGAGCACUUUGAAGUAGCUUUGUAGACAUAUUGACUUUCUCUCAGUGUGUUCUGAGAGAGUUCUCCCUUAGGUUUCCGAGUGCUAAUCAUUUCUGUGUCCGAAUUAUGUCUGUGCAUUUUCAUAUAUAGAGCCAGAUCAACGCUGACACCAAACUCUACAUACAUUAAACAUAAUAGAAACACCGCCACCCGACCCCACCCCCAUCCAUCUUCCCUCUCUCCACCCCCCUUUCUUUUUUCUUUUUUUUCUUCUCCCCCUAAUGCCUCAACAAAUGAAACGGAUUUGUAAAAAUGUUACAUGGGGGGAAAAAAUACGAGGCAUUUUUUUUUUUUAUAAUGAUAUUUAUUAAAGUUUCACAAAAAUACAUGAAAAUACAAAACAAAGAAAAAAGUAUAAAGUUUUAAAAUACAGCAAAAAAGUAGAAAAUAAGAAAAAACGUACAAAAUAAAACAGUUAAAAACACAAUAAUGUUCCAUAACCUAUCUUCCUUACUCUUAUUUCCCGGACCUCCUCAUACCUCCCUUCUUUGUAUUCCAAUUCAAUUUGUUGGUUCAGCAAAUCCUUACCAUUAAUCUUUUACCCAAUUGUUAACCUUUUUUUCCAUGUCUCUUAAAGCAUUACAGCUAAAAACCUCUUAGUUUCUAUCCAACAUCUUCCUAAAGUUCCUUAAUUUUGCAAUAUUUCUGUAAAUAGUCCUUAAAUUUCUUCCAGUCUUCUUUCACCGACUCUUCUCCCUGGUCUCGGAUUCUGCCAGUCAUUUCCGCCAAUUCCAUGUAGUCAAUCACCUUCAUCUGCCAUUCUUCCAAAGUGGGUAGAUCUUGUGUCUUCCAAUACUUUGCGAUAAGUAUUCUUGCUGCUGUUGUAGCAUACAUGAAAAAGGUUCUGUCCUUCUUUGGCACCAGUUGGCCGACAAUGCCCAAGAGAAAGGCCUCUGGUUUCUUCAGAAAGGUAUAUUUAAAUACCUUUUUCAGUUCAUUAUAUAUCAUUUCCCAGAAAGCCUUAAUCUUUGGGCACGUCCACCAAAGGUGAAAGAAUGUACCUUCAGUUUCUUUACAUUUCCAACAUUUAUUAUCGGGCAAAUGAUAAAUUUUUGCAAGCUUGACUGAGGUCAUGUACCACCUGUAUAUCAUUUUCAUAAUAUUCUCUCUUAAGGCAUUACAUGCCGUAAACUUCAUACCUGUGGUCCAUAACUGUUCCCAGUCAGCGAACAUAAUAUUAUGUCCAACAUCUUGUGCCCAUUUAAUCAUAGCUGAUUUCACCGUUUCAUCCUGAGUAUUCCAUUUCAACAGCAAGUUAUACAUUCUUGACAAAUUUUUAGUUUUGGGUUCUAACAAUUCUGUUUCUAAUUUUGACGAGGCAUUACACUUACUUCUGUAAAACAAGAAAAUCCUUAAUAAAAUAUUUUUAAAAAAAAUAUAGAGCCAGAUCUGUUUAUCUUAUGUGGGCAGCAGAAGGGCAUUAUCAAGAGGUCAUAGCAAUGAUAGCCAAUGUGGUACCCUCCAGAUAUUGCUAGCCUACAAGUCCCAUCACCCCAACCAUUGACCAUGCUGUCUGGGGCUGAUAGGAGGUGGAUUCCAACAUUAUCUAGAAGGCACCUUAUUUCUGGACUGUGGGUAUAUGUUGCACUGGAAGUUGAGCAGUUGAAUAAACAUCCAACAGUAUGGUUGAUAAUAUUAGGUUUGGUAAUAGUGUUGCUUGAGUGCACUUGGCACCUGUGUUUGUCGUAAGGCAUAGUCCCAUUUUUUCUUUCUUUUUGGCGGAUAGGUAUUUAAGAUUGGGGUGAUGUCUUCUAAUGAUGACAUAACUACCACACAAGGAAUACAGUUGCCCAUUAUGUCCUAUAGUUCAUUGACAAAACAUGUUGGAGAGGGUCUCACUUGUAGUUGUAGGUGCAACAGUUGAUGUUCUGUCGCUUUCUUUAGUGGGCCUUUUUUCUCAUGGGUCCAGAUGAUAAUGGUGCCGUUGUUUCUCAGGGAGAGGUGAGGCAUUUGGGCACAAGAGAUAGCAUUGCUCAAAGUGGGCCAUGAAUGUGUUGGCAUAAUAUGGAAUUAUGUGUGUACUCACAGCAUUGCCACUGACCUGAAGGGCCAGGAAGUCUAAAAAUCUAAAAUAAUUGUGGGUGAGCACAAAGUAGCAAACCCUGGUGACUGGAUGUGCUUGGCACCCUGUUGUCUUGGCACUGGCAAGUUGUCUGGCUGUGUCUCAUUCUUGGGCUCCAUAUUACGUUAUUUGGGGAGUGUUAUUUCCUUCUAGGGCUGAGCAAUAUCUGGUUUUCAACAUUGCAAUAUAUCACCAGCUAAACAUCACGAUAUACCGAAAUAUCAUGAUGCCUGACAUAAGGAUGAAACUAUGUAGAGGCGAAUGGAGUGAUAUCUUGGCAACUGCUACUACUUAGGAGUACUUAAGUACAUUUUUACUUCCCUUUAACAUAUUGUUAGGGAUGCGGGUGGCGCUGUGGGUAAAACCUCAACGCCUAGGACUUGCCGAUCAUCAGGUUGGCGGUUCGAAUCCCCGCAGCGGGGUGCGCUCCCAUUGCUCGGUCCCAGCACCUGCCAACCCAGCAGUUCGAAAGCACCCCCGGGUGCAAGUAGAUAAAUAGGGACUGCUUACUAGCGGGAAGGUAAACGGCAUUUCCGUGUGCUGCGCUGGCUCACCAGAUGCAGCUUGUCACGCUGGCCACGUGACCCGGAAGUGUCUGCGGACAGCGCUGGCCCCCGGCCUCUAGAGUGAGAUGGGCGCACAACCCUAGAGUCAGACAUGACUGGCCCAUACGGGCAGGGGUACCUUUACCUUUUUAACAUAUUGUUACAACGGGGUGGCAGGAAUCAUGAGAAAAGCGAUGACCAGCUUCACAGUUUUUCGUGAUUUGUGAUAUAUUGCCAGAUCAGAUACUAUGAAACGGUUAUCACGAUGUUGACUACAAACCAGUUUUGGACAAUAUAUCUCCAUAUUGCCCAGCCCUAUUGCUUCUUGAGUUAAUUACAGCCCAUGACAAAUCCACCAGUGAACAUCCUGGCAAUCAUGGAUGCAGAAUGUGCCCAAGUGGUAUAGAAGUGUACAAGCCUUCAGGAAUAUUUCCCCUCUUGGCAACACAGCAGGUCUGGCCACAAACUUCAGUACUGUGCAUUUUACAUAGGAAUGUCAGAGGUGUACAAUAUGCCUUGUGGUUUACAGUGCUUUUUCCUCUGUACAUAGGGUGCAAUGCAAGGAAGAACUUAUGUGUCUGACAGGCUUAAGCUGUGAAAGCUUAAGCCAUGCCUAGUGAUUUGCCUGUCUCUUAGGUGCCAUAGGACAUAUUACCAUUUCUGUUGGAUCAAUGAUUGAUAUGGAGCUUCAGAAUUUGUUUAAGUUUUAGUGGAAAUGCAAAGAGCCAAGGAAAUCUUGGACUUGAUAUCAGGUUGUUGUUUUUCUUUUUAAAAAAAUAAAAAAUACCUUGGAGCUUUGUGAUGUACCACAGGGUGGCGCCAAAGGCAGGCCAGUGUUUUCAUCUUUCCUUUUUAUGGUACUGGCUGGAUAAUGUGAUUGAACGGAGGUCUAGGAAUUUCAUGAUUGUCACGUGCUAAAAUGGCGCAAUUCAAGAAAACAAAGCUUGGUUCAAGGCGAGCAUCUUGGAAGAUUAGAAGGGAACUGGAGAGAGGAAAAAGAAAAUUCUCAAAUGUGUUAUGUGUAUAAGACCUAGACAGGAGUUGCGCUAUCCUUCUCCCAUGCUAUUUGUCUACCAGGGUUAACAUUUUGAUAACUUGCAUCCAGCAGUAAUAACCCCCCUGUUCACCACUGAGGAGAUCGAGCUGAGGUGCUUUGUCCACAUGGGGCUGCUGUUUGGGGCUAGCUUUGCUGGCUAAACCAAAAACUGGAGUCACCAGCUCCCCUCCUGUCAAGCCCCUUUCCAUUGUCUUUCCUGACAAUGUAUACACAUUGUCACAUGCUGUUGGGUGCUUUUGCACAGCAGCACCUUUCCCGAGGAGUGGGCGCUGUUACCCAAUGCCCUGGGGCGGCAUUGGAGUGGGGAGAAUAAAAAAUGAAAAAACUGAAUUUCAGCUAUUAUUGGAGGGGAAAGGAAAGCAUCUGACUGUCUGAAAUAUAUUGCUAAAGAAACUCUGAAUAGAAACCCAAGUGGAUGGCUAAAUAGGAUAGAGAUAUGCAGAGGAAGUGUGGAUUUUGUUUAGUUUUAUAGAAAAGGGCCAGCUUUUACCUUUACUACUAUAACUAAAUAAAGAAAAUUGCAAUGCAAUAGCACUGGAGUUCACGAAGGAAUUAAAGGGGAAUCAAUACAGGUGACAGGAAAUGUUGGUUUUGUGAGGAAUAGAUUUACCUGACAUCUUGUGGAAAUGUUGGAUAACCUAGAAAUAAUAGGUUGAUGGUAGCUGUCUAUUUGGGCGAGCUCAGACUGUCUUCUGAGAGAAUAAAGUAAUGCCUUCCAGACCCUCCAGAUAUCCAUGACUGGAUGUUGUAUGCAUGGAAUCCACAUGUAUAGGCCCCCGUUGGAUUGUAAGUGGGAUAUUAUACAUGGGACUGGCAGGAGAAGGUACAGGAGUCACUGCUGCAGGGAGGGAGGCACGUUUUGCCCAUUUCAUUGUGGAUACCUUUCUCUGUAUGCAGUGCUUUCCCCAAGGAAGCCUGAUAUUCUUGUGCUUCUGUUUUUCCUGCAGGAACCUGUCUGCCAUCCAGGACCGAGAGAUCUGUUGCUAUUCAAUCUCUUGCAAAGAAAAGGACAACAUUGGUGAGUGUAGAAGGGAAGGUGGAGGUUGCAGGGUCAGAGUGCCUGACAAUUUUAAGGGGAACGGUUGGGGCUUGAAUGCACAGUGACACCUAGACUGCCCAUGGGGAGAUCUCUCCUUAUGCUCUUCUGUGUUGUGAGCACUGUGGGACUGAUUCUGUGAUGACAUUGAAUGCCCCUGGGGUCUGGCCCCCUCCAUACAUAAUUAGGGGGGCAAGAAAGGUUUGUGUAGGCCCAGGCAUGGAGAAGCUGUGGCCCUCUGUCUAUUGGUGAAUUGCAGCUGCCCAUUGGCCAUGCUGGCUCAGGCUGGUUGGGAUUGGAGUCCAGUAACACCUGGAGGACCACAGGUUCCCCACCCCUGUUGAAAGCCAUGGUUGAGAAAAAGUUCACUCACAUGCAAAGGUCAUUCCCUUCAGGACAGCAUGUUGGGCUGCUGGCAGUAGGGUUACAGAAGUGUAUCAUGAGCUUGGCUCGUACAGGCCCCUGUGUGUUUCCCUUACUUCUAGCUAAGCAGCUCACUACAACUUCUAUUUUUCGUGAUGGUCAUUAACCGUAUCUUGUGUUUGACAGACAUCACCCUACAGUGGCUUAUUCAGCACUCAAAAUCCCGGCGAAGCUGAGAGCCCUUUGGCCAGGUCUUGGAUCGGGAAGAUGCCAUUGUAAAAGCCCAAACGCACCUCCUCCUUUCUCUUCCCCCAUCUCCUGCUCUUUCCAACCCUCUCGCCCACCUCCCUCUCCCUAGAUGGGUAUUUUUAGGGGACCCCAGAUUCCUCUUCUGCUGAGAUUGAACUCCUGUUUUUAUUGUAAAGAAACUGUCUGCCUCCUCCCCCUCCCCCUUGCUCCUUACUCUGGUUUUGGCACUGUUCUGUUGUCGUCGGUGUGUGUACAGUAUAUAUAUAUAUAUGUAUAUAUAUUUUAAUUUUUUAAUUUAAGCAAUUUUGCUGUUAUUAAAUGGGGCCUGUGAGCUGUCGCAGGGGGUGGUGCGGGUGGGGCAGCAGCAAAUGGAUGGGGUAGGGAAAGUACCAAACGCAGUAUUGGGAAUGUUACGAGCAGUCGGGGGCAGUAGGAAUCUUGCUGGAGGGGACCCUGGCUUUGGGCAGUAUCUUCCCCCUAGAGACCUCCUUCUUUUCCACCUCAAGCCCCUCCCUUCUCCUUCUGCAACAGGAUCCAGAGGUCUCUCCCCUCUCUGCUGCCCCAAGCUGCUCAGCACUAUGGUUAGGGGAUGAGCCUCUGGGAAAGGUUCAUAGAGCAGUAUUGUUCAUGGUCUGAGAUUAUAGAGGAGAGUUGGUGCCAUCUCUUCCUCCUGCCCAGUGUCCACUGAGCCCUGGGGAGCAAAUGCUUCCCAGUGGCCAAAUGUUGAAUCCUGUACAUGAGCUUUGGCUCCUACUCAGCUUGCUCCCCAAACCUCCCCAGUAUCAUCUCCCUCUGUGCCCUGCCUGAUGAACUUGCAUGCCUGGUGGAUGCUGGGCACUCACGCUUUGCAGCCUUUGUGCUCACCUUCCUUCUCGGUCUGGUGUCUUUCUCUCAGUCAGCACCUGAACAGAAGUAGGCAGUGGAUGAUGCACAUCCCUUGACUGUGUGAAGGCAGUAUAAGGGCCCAGGCUUCUGUGCGCUGCCAGAGCAAGAUAACAGAUCUGGAGUGGUCUGGGUUUCUCAUGACCCUGUUCCUGGGCCUCCCACUCAUGCCAAACGCUUGCGGCCUGUUCAGCUCGUGAGGGACAGUGGGAGGAGACAUCUAUGCAAGAGUUCCCUUCAAAGCCCUUUGGACAAGGCAUAAGGCGCUUCCCUCAAAUCCUAUAUCCCACUGCUGCAAAUUUCAGAGUGGAGGACAUAGCGGGUAGGAAUUGUGCUCUGCCCAGUUUGGAGGUGUUUCUGCAGGCCGCAGCCUAGUCCUUAGGAGCAAGGGCUGUCCCUCAGUUUCCUAAGCUUGAGCGUGUCCCCCUCCUUGAGCCCAGGGCUUGAGCGUACACACUUGCCUGUCCCUCAAGUUAGGGUGUGAGGCUUUGGUCUUGGGUUAAACCAGUGGAGUAGGAGGAGGGCGUUCUUGUUCUCUCAAGCGCACACGAGGCUGUGUGGGAGACGCUUUGCUUCACACCCUACUGGGCAAUAGGGUGCUUGAGUUUAUAGGUAAAGGGCUGUGGUAGCAAGGAGGAGCUAUUCCUGGUCAGGGGUAUUAAUCCAGCCUAGCAGAGUUGGCAAUUGUCCUGUGUUGGUGUUUGCUCACCCUGGAAUCUACAGCAGCCUCAACAGGGUCCAGGAAGGGGGUCAUGGGAAGGAUCAUGAAAAGGCUUUGUAUGCUAGCCCCCUUGUCUCCCUGUGAAGGGCAGCAGGCUGCAUGUGGCCGUGUCUUCCCCGUCCCACUUAAGCUUUGGACAGGUGUGAGACUGCAGGGCCCUUCCUGCCCUUGCCUGGCCCUAUCCUGCACGGAGCUGCUCCCUUCAGGGCGGGAGGGGGGCUUUCUAACUGCAUCUUUCCCCCUCCUCUUUUCUCAUUUUCACAGAAUUGCACAAGGAGAUAUUUUACUUUUUUUUAAUUUAAUGAAUUGUAAAGUGUCAUUAUUCCUUUUUUAAAAUAUAUUUUUGGCUCAUUUUUUGACCUUCUCUGUUGGGAAAUGAAUCUUGUAACAGUACAUUUUUUGCCUCCUAAAUAACAAUAAAUUAACAAUUUUGUGUUGG